GUGGGCCUGGGGAACCCAGACUGGAGCCCAUCAAAUGGCUUAUUUGACUGUGUGUUGUCAAAUGAGGGGGAGGUAUUGUUUUUUGUUUUUUAUUUUCUAAACUGAGUUUUUAUUGCUUGUAAGCCACCUAGAAUUGCUUUAAUUUCCCAAAUAAAUUAAAGCAACACAGCUAGGAAAGGAUGUGGUUUAAGGCUGUGUUUCACCAUCCCUCCCUAUUGGCUUUGUUAGUAAGAACAACUUAGCACCGUUGGGGUCUGAUAAGACUGCAGUGAAAUGAUUUAUGUGCUGACAUCCUCAGGCAGAUGAUAGGCCUUAGGUAAAUGAUGGCCAGUGAUAUAAUGACGGGUGGGAUGUCAUUUUUCCUCACCGCUUCCCUUUCUUUCCUAUCCUGUUCUGAGGACUAAUCAAGAUCUAAUCAAAAGUCCUGCCGCUAACACUGUCAAGUUAAUGUGAGUCAGGAGAGGAAAGGGGAUGUUGCCAAGUUGGUCUGAUGGAUUAUUCAAGACUUAUCCCAAGUCGUGAUAUUACAUCUUCCUUUAUUUUACACGGGACAAUAUACAAAGCCUCACUAUCCAAUUAGUGAAUUUUGUGGAUCAUCAAAAUAUAAAAAUGGGAUCAUUCCGGAUUCUAUCUGACUUCUUUGAAACAACCCUGGUUUGACCUUCUGCAAAGUGGAUUUCACUUGAAAUUCUCCUGCUGGCUUCCAGAGGAAAGUGUUGAAGAAAGCGAAAAGCAUCUGUCUUCCAUUGCAGAAACAAUCCUUGUGACAUGACCCAAGAAUUCCAGGGACUGAGGGAAUAAAGAACAACAAGGAAAAAUCCUGAAAGGGCCUCAUGUUGUUGACAGGUCUUGAGGGAAAAAUCCUAAAGACUUUUGCAAUCCCAAGCUCUUUACAGUUGCAACGUUUCACUUCGAACUCUCUGAAUGAGCUCUUCUGAAUGGCCGGCCCCAUAGUGUCCUGGAUAUCUGAUUUGCUAUCUUAGCAGGAGAAGAUAUUCCCGUGUCAUCAUGCUCCUUUUUCUCUGCUGUGGGAGAUGGUUCAUCUAGACUCACGUUUAUGUUAACCGCUGCAGGAGACAUGCAGGACUGACAUCAAUUUAACCAGGACAGCCAGCAAAACUGACCUGAAGAGAGAGGUGCUAUAUCAAGACUGCAAAGUGCGGAACAGAGAAUCACAUGGUUGGUGUCAGCUGGAUGAAUUAGAGUCAGAUGAAUUUGCAUCCAACCCCCCAGCUAUUGACUCAUUAAGAUGACUUUCCAAAGAGAUCUGAAGGCUCUCAGGAACGGCUGACUAAUACGUUUGGACAGAGAUAAGUUCUCAUAGAAGCCGAACAUCGUCUCCUCUGUUUUGGUGACACGGGAACAUACAAUUAUGAAUCCAAAAGAUCCAUUGGAAGAGACAGGAGGAAACUCUGUUCCAUUAUGUUUGGCCUGUGGCCAAAGGCACCUUCCAGAAGAGAACCAUAUAUACACCUAUACAGAAGAUGUAGAUGAUGACCUGAUCUGCCACAUUUGCUUGCAGCCUUUGCUUCAACCUCUGGAUACACCCUGUGGACACACAUACUGUACAGUUUGCCUUACAGAUUUCCUUGUGGAAAAAGACUUCUGCCCUAUGGACCGCAAAGCUCUAGCUCUACAGAGGUGCAGAAAGUCAAGCAUCCUAGUGAAUAAGCUGCUGGAUAAGCUACUGGUGAACUGUCCUUUCACAGAACACUGUUCAGAAAUUCUGCAACGCUGUGAUCUUGAGCAGCAUUUUCAGAAUGGGUGCAAAGGUGCUUCUCACUAUGGACUCACCAAGGAGAGAAAGAGAAGUUCGCCAGCUGGAUCUGCUGAUUUGAAUGCUGCUUUAACAGUAUCUGCCCUUGGAUCUGAGUUCUCUGCUGCCGCCACAAUUGCCUUAAUGACAGAUGAACCAGGGCUAAUUAACCCUGCCUUCAAUGCCAACUUUGAGGACAACUCACCAGGAACCAAUCCCACCCGUCUUUAUAUAAGCCAGCAAUCUAGAACCACAGCUUCACAGUUUGAGCGUUCUACUGUACGAAGCAGGUCUUUUAAAAAGAUAAACAGAGCUCUCAAUGUGCUUCGGAGGACAAAAAGUGGCAGUGCUGUGGCUAACCAUGUUGAACGGGAACGAGAAAAUGUUGAAAAUCUGAUUGCUUCACAGGCAGCCUUUCCAAGGCUAUAUCAUCUCAUUCCAGAUGGGGAAGUUACCAGUAUUAAGAUCAACCGCCGCCAUCCCCACGAAGGCCUGGCCAUCAGAGUAGUGGGUGGCAGCGAAACGCCUUUGAUUCACAUAAUCAUCCAACACAUCUAUCGAGACGGCAUCAUUUUCAAAGAUGGAAGGCUACUGCCAGGAGAUAUGAUCCUGAAGGUCAAUGGCAUAGAUAUCAGAAGUGUGCCUCACAGCUAUGCCUUGCUCGUCCUGAGACAACCUUGUCAAGUUCUCCGUCUCACGGUGCUCAGAGAGCAAAGGUACCAUUGUGGGAAUUCUGGACUUUUCCCUGAUGUUCCUUGCCACAGGGAUGAGAAUUUGCACGUUAUUCUGAACAAAAGCAGCCCAGACCAACAGCUGGGCAUCAAGUUGAUCCGUAAGGCCAACGAAGAUGGCGUCUUCGUGUUCAACCUGCUGGAAGGAGGCCUUGCUGCCCAUGACAGGGAACUUCAAGAGAACGAUAGGGUUUUAGCCAUUAACGGGCAUGACUUACAGCACGGAAGUCCAGAAACCGCAGCUCAGUUGAUACAGGCUAGCAAGAGGCAGGUUCACUUCAGCAUUUCCAGGCAAACCAGGCGACAGACCCCGGAUAUUUUACAGGAAACUGGCUGGGAUUGCCAUGGUAGCCCUCUACCCUUCCUUGUUGACAAGAGUGUCCUUCAUGCUGUUACCUGUCAUGAAAAAGUGGUGAUUGUCCGAAAAGAUAAUGCAGAGUCCCUUGGAAUGACGGUGUCAGGAGGUUGUUCACCUUCGCACAGGGAAUGGAAUCUACCUAUUUAUGUCUUAAGUGUGGAACUGGGUGGAGUCAUCAGCAGAGAUGGACGGAUAAAAACAGGAGAUAUUCUGCUCAGCGUGAAUGGAAUUGAUCUGACAGGUGUCAGCCGUGGAGAGGCCGUAGCCCAUUUGAAAAAUGCCUCCUCAUCCGUUGUGUUCAAAGCACUAGAACUGAAAACGUGUGAAACCACAGAAGGAGAAAACGGGGACUUAUUGAGCAAUGCCAAUUUGAGCUCCACAAGUCAGACCGAGUGGUCUCCUUCCUGGGUGAUGUGGCUUGAAUUACCAAGGUCUUUGUACAGCUGCAAAGAAAUUGUAUUGCGAAGAAAUACAGCAGGAAGUCUCGGCUUCAGUAUAGUGGGAGGUUAUGAAAAAAACAGUGGAAACAAACCAUUCUUUAUCAAAUCCAUUGUUGAAGGGACUCCAGCAUAUAAUGAUGGAAGAAUCAGGUGUGGUGAUAUCCUCCUUGCAGUGAACGGCAGGAGUAUCUCAGGAAUGGCGCAUGCUUCUUUGGCACGAAUGCUAAAAGAAUUGAAGGGGAAGCUUACUCUCACUAUUGUAUCCUGGCCUGGCACCUUUUUAUAAAGAUGUAUUUCAAUUGGAAAGAAACAAAUUCCUGUGUACUGGACUUUUUUUCUUCUUCUUUUUUUUUGGUAGCAAAGUAUACACUUGCAUUAGAACACUCUUAAAUUGCACCAUAGGAGGUUUGAAAAAAACACGCUCUGUUAAAGCUAUGGGAAGCUACUGGUGUGAAAUCAAGGUACACAACUUAUUGUAAUAUGUUUAAUGCUUUGUUUUUUUUAUAUCUCCUGCUGUUUAGAUAUAAAGAAGGAAACAAUUUUACCUAAUUUGAAAGUGAUUUCAGAAUGAAAUACUUUUCUAACGAUUACGCUGACAGCCUCUGUGCAAGACACAGAAAGGCUAGCUAGCUGACGGGUAUAUGAAAGUCCUUUUUGUGCACCGUAAAAGCAGUUUUUUUUUAAAAAAGCACUUUUUUUUCUAAUCUAUCGUAAUUCUGUAUUUUAUUUCUACUAUUAAAUUAAUCGUAAUUUGUAAAGCCAAAUUAAUUUAAUUAAAAAAGGACGAAAAUACGCAUUGUACACGAAACUUUCAAAUUCAUGAAAUCAACCGUUUCAUUUGAGUGUUCUGUUUUACUCCGUUUUUAUCCUUCCAUUCUGCGUUGGGCUCUUCUAAACCAGCAUCCUAAUGGUGAAGGUAAGGAGCCGUAGAAGCAAAAAAUAAAGCCAGAAACUGCCUGGUUUUAUCUAUAUUGAACUAACCACAAAAAGGCCAGUAUGAUCAAGUAUAUAGGAGACAUCACACCAGCAUACUAUUGACACAUUAUGGAUUUCCAGCCAAGAUAUGCUAACUUUUUAUUUAAAAGAUACAGGUUUACUUAUCUAAAGGACUAAACGAAACACUGGUUCAUCCUUCAGAAAACAGUCUAUUGCAGAGUUCCCCAACCUUUUAAGCACCAGGGACCGGUUCCGUGGAGAAAGGUUUUUCUGUGGACCAGAGACUGUGUGGUUUUGUGUGCUGCCUGCAUCCCACGGAUGGGCUUUGCUGGUUUGUGCGGGCCGGUUGCUGGCAUGCCGCAGCUCGGUACUGGUCCAUGGCCCGAGGGUUGGGGACCCCAGGCCUAUUGAGUGCCCAGAAGAACAGCCUUGUGU